GUGAUGCUGGGCUGGCGGAGCUGCUUGGUCGCCAGCCAGCUUCUCACAAGAGCUCCAUGUAAAUGAUAACGUUUGCGAUGUUUGUCACCGACGUUAGUCCGGUUUGUUUCGCGGAUGAAAAAUGAAGAUGCUAUGGUAGUUGGUGUUUACGCGUAAUGAGCUGCACUAGCCGCAGCGCAGCGGCAGACAGCGGGCAGGUAUGCUAACUGCUAGCUGUGGUUAGCUUGCUAACAUUCCAGCAAACGUUUAGCGUUUUUACCGAUAACAUUAACCGCUGCAGUCGUCAUGUUAGUCACGUCUUCCGGUGCGGAUGCUUUAGUUUGCUGCGGCGCUACUUUCGCCCUCGUGGCAGGAAUAACUGACGGUUACAGCCUCCAGCUCAAGAACAUGACUCACGCACGGUGAGCUGAGUUGACUGUUUGGCUAAGUUAAGCCUGCAGUUAGCGGCUACCUUAGCUGCAGAUGCUAGUAGCAGUGUCAGUCCGCGCCGCGAGCCGCUGAAGUCAUGUCUGUCCGAUGGAGCUGAAGUGUUGCUCGGCUUGCCGAAGAUGACGGGCUGCCUCAGCCGGGUUUUUGUGCCUCUAUCAGCAGGAGGCGGAACAUGGAAGCCGAGGAAGAGUGGAACAAAGACCUGAGUGCUCACAAACAGCUGGAUAAAAAGGUGUUCUGCAAGCAGAAUGGAAGGAUCGGUAUAGUGAGAACUCUCCACGGCCUGUUGAAAACCCAGAACACACUGCAGAUUCAGUCCAUCACCCGCUCAGAAUGUGCUGGCUCCUGUCCAAACCUGAUGAUGAGUAGGAGCGAGCACACCGAUGCGAGGCCCGUCCCCGUGGCCCUAACCCCCCAGCUCCCCCCCAGAGCUCACCGGCCCCUCUGCAUGUCGGUCUCCUCCGACAGCAGCGGACGUUUCAAAGCUCUGGAGACGCAGGAGUGGAAGAACAACCUCAAGGCUCAGAUGGAGCAGGCCCACAGUGCAGGAGCUGCCAGCAGCACCGGCUCUCUGGAGCGAGCGUCUCUGUUCUGUGCCUCAGCUUCCACCACAGCAUCCAGCUCCGGCCUGUCCAGCCCGGUCGAGAUCCUCAACAAGAACAAAUCCUCCAGCCGCUUCUCUCUCUUCUCUCCGCCCUGGAACAGCAGCUCUGAGUCGGACUCCAACCCUCCGUCCCGCUCGGGCUCCAAGAAGCUGCGCAACUACAGCAGGAGAGCCGCCACGGGUCCAGCUGGCGCCAGGGGCCCCGACACACCUGAACCCAAACCCAGCGGGCCUGAACACUUCCAGUACUCUGAACCCGUCAUCUCCAAGGUGACGGACUACAUCUAUGUCGGCAACCUGAAUGCGGCGUACAACGGACGCACCUUAUGCCGCAACAAUAUCGACAGCAUCAUUGACAUGAGCAGUGUACCGGGAGAACCUGGCCCCAGCCUCAACCUCAUACCCUGCACCUGCUCCCGUGGUGCCCGCCACAGCUGGUCCCGCCUCAAGGUGGACAUCGGAGACGUUCCGGACGCUCUGGGUGACGGCCCGGCCCUGAAGCAGCGCUGCUUCGAGGACAUCAACGAAUGCAUCGAUGCCUCCACUGAGAAGAGGAAGCGCGUCUUGGUGCAUUGUCGAGACGGUUUCUCUCUGGCCCCGACGUGUAUCAUCCAGUACCUGAUGGUGAAACAGAACAUGAGGCUGAUAGCUGCCUACGAGCUACUGAGGUCCAAGUACCCGGUCAACAUCAGGGAGUGCCACCAAAACGUGCUGGUGAGCCUGGAGAGGGCACUGCGGCCCGGAGGCAACGUCGACCCCGAGUGCUUCAAACAGGCCAUCUCACGCAAAGUGGCGUGGACCUGACUCAAUUUCCCAACAGCUCUAACUGCUGCUCUCUACAUUCCCCCACUUCCCCACGGUAUUCAAUAUUUUCCUAAAGACAACCGAGGGCAGCUGUACUUUCCCCUGUAGACUGGUCAACUGGAUAAAUAUUGUCCCCACUUGAGUUCAGUGCUUGUAAAAGUUAUGAAUAUGAUGCAUUUCCUCUUCAAACCUGUAAAUGUGACCUGGCUGUGAUGCCCCUCCCCCCUCACCGAACAGGAGACGCAAUAGACUUCACUGUCAUGUAUUCGACUUCUUGGUAUAACAAUGUAAAGGUGUUGGCUGUAUAAUUGAUAUAGUCCUGCUUCAGUUCCGUGCCAUGCCAUUGUGGUGGUGUUUUAUAUCAGGGGAAUUUCUUAAUGGGAGAUCUCAGGAGAUUAUUGAUGUCACUCCAGUACAGGGUGGGAAAUCACUCAUUAAAUUCAUCUCUGCCCCCGUUCACACCUGGCACUGAAAUGCGUGUUGGUGAGCUGAGUGUGUAGGACAUAGGGUUGGGCAAUAUGCCCAGAAGGGUUGGAAGAGAUGCUGUUAGUUUAGAUUGUGCAGCAGUCUAAUGUGUGAUACCCGGUGUCUGAACAUCUUUCACUCGUUUACUAGUUGUUGUUUUUUUUUUAUUUAUUCUCAGUCCCGGCUGAUACCAAGUGUGGACUGAAAGUCUACAUCUUAACUUACACUUGGUUCAAAUUGCUGCUCAUGCUGAUGCAAGUCAAAUUUACUUCUGUUAGAGCUUUAUAGAAAGUUAAGCAUCAUUUUGGGUUCGCACAAGAUGUGAGACACCAGUGGAAGGUCCUGAAGCAGCCAUCCGUUCACUCCACUGGACGGAGGGCUGGGGGUCCGAUGCAGCAAUGUUGGACAGAUGGUUGAAUUGGCCUUGAUGAAAAGUUUGACACAUCAAAGUGUGUACCAGUUAUCGUCCUUCCACCGGGGAACAUCUUAAGCAUCUAGGAAAUACUUACUUGCCUCAUUCCUGGUACCUUAAAUCCUUAAAGGAGCUCCAGUGGAUAUUGUAAUUAUAUUUUAUAUUGAAGUAAUAAGAAGUCACCAGUUGACAAUGUGCAAACAAUUUGAAAAGGGUCUCUUUAUCAGACAGAGAGUAGCUGGUGAACAUAGUGGAGCUUUUAGCAGCUACUGUCAUGUUGCCCUGGGACAGCCGGGUGUGUAAAUAAUCAGCUGUUUGCUGACAAGUUCAACAGGGAAUUCAUCAUAUUGCCCAACCCUGAAAUGUCGACAGAACCACCAACAGUUAAGAUGUCAGAUAACUCUUGAAGGUACCCUGUGGACUUUUCUUCAUGUGCAGUUAGUGUUUUUCACCUGAUGUGUAAAGUAUGACUUGCAUGCAUUACAUUUGUUUAUGCUAGGAGAGCAUGAGAUACAAACAAAUCAGGAAUCUGUUGAUCAAAACGUUGCUCCAAAGCUUCAGCAGUGGUGAAUAACUAGAUAAGAAACAGUCCAUUGUAGAAAUAUUUCUGAUGCCAGGUGUGAACUGAACUCUUUUUGACACAAUUGGCAAAGAUCUGACAAUGAAGCAAGUAACUGGCCACCAUUUGUUUGGAGUUUUGUUUUCCUUCCUGGAAUUUAUUUUGCUGGUAAAGUGGUUGUUUGGUUGUACUAGACGUUGUAGUGGGUGGCUAAAAAAAGGGAGCUGGUUUAAAACAAAGCUGCAACUCUGCUGCUGAUACUCUGAAGACCGGAGGAUGUACACCGCUGACUGGAUUACAUUACUACAUUAAACUGGAACUUUGCACACGGACACGUUUUAAAUCUGACCUUCUGUUUUUGUGACCUUUUUUUCUGUUUUCUAAGAUCAUACUUGAUGGAAGAUGAACAGCGCCCCCUGUCCUCUGUGAGGAAGACUGUAGCCCCAUUUUCAGCCACAGUUUCUUUGGUUAAAUCUCUUCGGUGGUGCUCAGACUGAGGCGUUGUGAAUUUGAACUUCAGUGUAAGCAGUGAAGCUGGGCGACGUGCAUCUCUGUGGAUUAUCAGUAUUGUGUAUCAGUGCCACUGAACUGCGAUCCAGGCUUCACACUGCAAGACAUGAUUUUGCACUACUCACAGGAUUGCCCAAAAUGCAAAGUAUUGCCUUUUAUUUGAAUAUUGUUUGAAUUAUUGUUAUUUUGGCGAUGACAUUUCACGCCUACAAGGAAGUAAUAACACUCAGCUGUGAGGCUGCCAUCAUGUUUACGUGCUCAUUAGAAUAAUCAGAUUAAGGUAAUGGUUCAGUUAAAGUGUGAUUUGUUUGAUUAAUGUGCACGUCCAUCCCCAAAACAAGUUUUAGUCUCAAGAUGACCUUUUUUUUUUCAAUAUCUAAAGAUUUUCUGAGUACAAAAACAUUUUUCUAAACUACUGCUUCAAACAUAAUCCAUACCACAACUUUACAGAGGAAAAUAUGUGAGAAAGUCUAUUUAAAGGGCCGGUGUGGAGGAUUUAGGGGGUCUAUUCUGGUCAUCGUCAACAUGUUUUCAUGAAAACUUGUGUUAAUAUUACCUGAGAAUGUUGCACCAUCAUGUCUCUACGGUAGCUCAGAACAGACAAACCAAACUGACUCCACAGAGCACCUUUCAGGUUUUUCGUGGCCCCCGUUUGGGGCGGUGAGGCGAGGUCUGUUCAGUUGGUUGCAGUCUGAAACUUCACCACUAGAUGCCACUAAAUCCUACACACUGGACCUGUAAAUCAAUGAUAGUUUCAUCAAAAAAUAACAACUAGACCUGUGCCAAACAUUAGAGCAAACAAAUUCUUAUUUAAUUACCAUUUAAACUAUUGAUUAUGUUUUUUUAAUUGAUUUGACUGUAAAAUGUCCCUCACAGGUCUUGUUUUGUCCAAACGUUCAUUAUUAACUUAAUGUGAUUAAAGUGUGGUAUUUUAGUAAUCUAAGGUUUACCUUAAUCUAAUUAUAUCCAAAUGAGGUGACAUCUGAACCUGCAGGACUAAGAUGUUUUUUUUUUUUACAUUCCACCCAUCAUGGUAAUCUGAACACAGUUCAUUUUCACACCAGAUUAUAUAAACUCUGCAGCAUUUCCUCUGCUUUCUAUCGUUUGUCCAGGUGAGGGCAUUGUUAGUGAUGGCACCGAAUAAUGGCAGUGAGACGAGUGCGGCAUGGCUGAAGAGGGUCAUAGUGUUCUCGCUCUGAGUUCAGAUUACAGCUAGAAGGUAAAUAGCCACUUGAGAGACACGGAUGAUAGCACACAUUUAGAAAGAGGGAUGUUUUUCAGGUGGUGGAAUGCUGCUGUUAGCUGCUAGUCAGCUAACCAUGCCUGCACUGUUUCAUGAGAUCUGAUGCCAUCCUGCUGUUUGAAGAUUUAAGGGGGAAUUUAGGAAAGCUUCAUGUAUCCGUCUCCCUAUAAUGAUGUGGCCAUAUCAUGCAGAGAUAAUUGCAGGGGGGUAAAAGUUAUAAAUGCAGUUAUACCAACAGAAUCCCAACAGUUACAGAAAGCAAUCCCAGAACGAAAUGGUUCAGGUUAGCUGAUGGUUCAGUUCAGCAGCUGCAGGUUUAGUGGUUAAAAGUUGAUGUGUGUAUAAAAGUAUGAUCACAGUUGAAGCUAAUGCUAACCCAUGAACCAGACGCUGUAGCCCACUGUGGGAUUUUCUCUUGAACUCUUAGUUCAGUAAAGAUGCUUUUGCUCAUUAGCUAGUAAAGACAAAUCGAAAAUAAAUUGAAAACAAGCCUCUGCCAUGAAGAUCAUGCAAAUGAAGUCAUGUCUAAAAAGAGCGAGCGGCAACAUCAAAGCCGCGUCUGCUUAACAUUUGCUUUGUAUUGUGAGUGUAGUUAGAUUUUGAGUUGGUGGGCCGCCUCAGGGCCGUUAACAGCAGCACAGUGAGCCGUCAUGUGAGUGGAAACUGAAAGUAUGGUGCCUUCAUUUGGACUCGUCUUGUGACCGUAUGGUGACAUUUGCACACUUUGUAUGACUUUAACUUCUCUCGAUAUGUUGUAAAAUAUUUUUUUGAUGUUUUAUUUUGAGCAAAACGAGUAUGAAUAUGACAUUUGUGAACGGUGGUCCUUGCUGUAAUAUAUUUGCUAGUCAUUAGUGUACAGUACCGGUGUUGUACUAAUACAGGCGGUGGUGAGAUUCCUCCACAGGUGUUUUAACACUCAUACGAGGCACUGAAGCAAACACUAUCAGCAUAUUUUGGUUUAUUCCUUGUUGUCACAGUCAUCAUAUCAAACUGAAUAGGUUUCUAAAUCGUUCUCUCAGGUGAUUCCUCAGUGGCCCAGAAUGUUCUCAAUGAAUAUGAUAUUCAGAAAUGUGAAGCGAUGUGUUUCUCAUGUCAUGUUUCUUAAGUCGGAUAUAAUUUGUACUGUUGAAAUAUUAAAGAAAAGGAUGU